UCCUCCUCAAAAAUUCUACCCUAGGACUUGGAAAUUGUGUGUGUUUCGUGAGGAAAAUGAAGUUCAAGCAGUUUAUUUUCCUAGCUCUUCUGUUUACAAUUUUUCUCCUCUCUUCAGCGGCAGUAGCUGAAAAAUCCAAAGAUGAAACCAAACCGGAUGCAACGGAGGAAAGGGUUGAAGGUGGGGAAGCCAAGUAUUUCUGCAGACAUCGCUGUUGCGGCCACUAUGGCUGUAGGUGUUGCAGCUACGCCAAGGCACAGCUCAUGGGAGCUCAAGCCAAGGACGAGAAAUCAGAAGUGGCACAGGAAGUAAACCAAGUUGACGACGCCAAGUACUAUGGGUGCAGAUAUCGUUGUUGUGGCCCUUAUGGUUGCAGGUGUUGCACCUUUGCUGAUAUCAUGGCAGAAGAGUUAAACCAGCAAAACAACUUGAUGAAGUACCAAGGAAGUGGUUAUGGUGGUGGCGGAUAUGGUGGAGGACGGGGUGGAUGGGGCGGUGGAGGCGGACAUGGAGGUUAUGGUGGCGGCGGUGGCGGACAUGGAGGAGGUUAUGGUGGUGGCGGUGGCGGCGGUGGCGGACAUGGAGGAGGUUAUGGUGGUGGUGGGGGACAUGGUGGCGGCGGUGGUGGAUAUGGUGGUGCUGAAGCCACUCCAUAA